GGGGGAGAAGGGAUGCCAGGCAAUUGGGAUGACUGACGGAGCCAAGGAGCCGGAGGAAGGAUGCAAAGGGCAAUCGGGGUGCCUGAGAAAGGGCCAUCCUGCCUCUGUUUAAAAACCUCCAAAGAGGAAGACUCCACUGUACUCCAAGGCAGCAUGGUCCACUUUGGGACAGCUUUUCCUGUAGGGAGCUUCUUCUCUUGUUGCUGUGGAAUCUCCUUUCCUGUAGUUUGAACCCAUUGGUCCGGAUCCUGUUCUUUGGAGCUGCAGAAAACAAACACAGUCCUUUGGGAGUCAAGAUUGUGGCUAACUGGACCAUGCCCAGAAGAAGGGUAGCCAAGAUCACGAAAGGUCUGAAAACCAAACAGAAGCCCCAGCCAGAUUGGCCUACAGUCAGGAAUUCUGGGAGCUGAAGCCCAAAACAUCUGGAGGGCCACUGUUUGGGAGCAUUGAGACAUCCUUUGAAAGGGUUAAAGUGACAGAUUGAUUCCUAGAGAGGCACCAAAAAUGGAGGAAUAGUAAGGCUGUGUCUUCCUUCCGGCCAUAGGAGACUUUUCCUAGAGUGGCCUGGAAGGUGGAGGAAAGGAGAGGCAGCCAAGGGGCUUGAAGGCUUCUUCUUUGCUCCUUCCAAGACAGAGCAGCCUGGAGAGCCAGCUGGGUGAGUCCCCUCUUCGCCCUUCUCUGUGCAUUUGGGGGAAGCUGUCUUUCUAUGGGGGAAGACCAUUGGAAGGCAAAAAGGAAGAAAGGGAGAGGUGGGUUGGUGGGAGAAAUAGAAACCAGUAGAGCAGUGAUGCUCAACCUUUGGUCCUCCAGAUAUUGUGGGCUUCAAUUCCCAGAGGUCCCAGUCAGUAUUCUCGUUGUUCAGGAAUUCUGAGAGUUGAAGUCUCAAAAGUCUAGAGGACCAAAGGUUGAGAACCACAGUAGUAGACCAGGACAUUUUUUAGUUUUAUUGAGCUAUGUAGCCUCCUCUCUCAGGGAACUCUGGUGCCACAACAAGCUGCAAAGCCCAGUUAAUGACAGUUAAUUCUUAAUUAAAUAAUUUAACAAACUCCUAGUUAAUGACAGUUAUUCCCAGCAAUGACAGUUCAUUCUGCAGUGUGGCAGCAGUUCAGGGUUCAAAUUCCUUCCAUGGAAAUCCACUGGGAUUCCUUGGGUGAGUCCGAUUCUCUCAGCCUGAGAAAAAGACAGUGGCAGCCCCACUCUGAGGAAACCUGCCAAGAAAACCCUGUGAUGGGGUUGCCAUAAUUCAGAAAUGACUUGAAGGCACACAGUAACACUUUAAUGAGAACCAGUGUGGCAUAGUGGUUUGAGCACUAGGACUCUGGAGACUAUGGUUUGAAUCCCUGUUUGGCCAUGUGGGUUGAUGUGCACCUGCAAACAACCUCACUUGUGUGCACUCUUUCUGUUUCACAAAGCAGGAACAUUGUGGCAAUAUAUCUAGGCUGCCAAGGCUGGGAUGUCUGGAGCAGAGCACAUACUGUCUGUGGAGGGGCCAUUUAGACAGUAGUGUACCUAAGUGCACCUCUUACAGGUUGCACUCUGGGAGGACCAUCCCCACUCCCCCAGUCUCAGGACGCCAGUGCUUCUACCACAGUGUUUUCUUGGCAGAAUUUGUUCAGAAGGGCUUUGCCUUUGCUUUCUUCUGAAGCUGAGGGAAUGUGGACUGUCCAGGGUCACCCAGUGUGUUUCCAUGAUUGAACAGGGAUUCGAACUGUGGUCUCCCAGUGUCCUCUUCCAACCCUCAAGUCACUACACCAUGCUGGUUCUCAGAUUCUUUUGAGCCAUGGUAAUUUUCUUUGAUACAGAAAAAGGAGCAACAUUUCGCCUUGAAUUUGAUAGUUAAAUAUUUAUUUACUGAAAGAGAUUGUUCAUAAUAGCUUCACAAGUCAUCUUGGUUUUCUUUCAAGGGCUUGGGACUUUCCAGUAAUUUGGCCAGUUUUUUUUUUUCCUGAGGGAAAAUCUGGUGGAAGAAAUGAUAACAAUUUCACCUAAGACAGAAUCUGCCUGGCAGCUCUUCUGAGUGAUGGAAAAACAAGAUUAGGCUGGUCCUGAGUUAAGAAAAGCCCCCCGACUGAUCAGGUUUGGAGCAGAGGAGAAUUCUGGGAAAGAGGAGUCAUGCAGAAGGACCUGGAAGAGGAUCUGCUCAGUUCAGGGGCACAGUACCAGCACUUCAGGCAACUCCACUGUGGGGAGGCUGAGGGCCCCCGAGAGCUUUGCAAGCGACUCCAUACUCUCUGUUGCCAGUGGCUGAAGCCAGAACAACACACCAAAGCUCAGAUGCUGGAUCUGGUGAUCCUGGAGCAGUUCCUGUCUGUCCUUCCUCCAGAAAUGGAGAGCUGGGUGAGAGAGUGUGGGCCAGAGACCAGUUCCCAGGCGGUGGCCCUGGCUGAAGGCUUCCUCCUGAGUCAGGCAGAGGAGAAGAAGGAGGAAGAGCAGCAGGAGUUAUUUCUGGAAGAGACCACUGAUUUUCUUGAGCCAGAGAAGAGUUCCUCAGAUUCUGGAUGGGGAGUGCAAUCCAGGUGGAUCAUGGAAGAAGAUCGCAAAUAUGGCAUCUCAUUGGGAGACUGGACACAACCGGCACUGAAAUGUACUGUCUCAGCAUUUCCUUCUGAUGCCCCAAGAACAACUUAUUUGAGCCUGGAUCAGGUGACCUUUGAGGAGGUGUCUGUGUAUUUCACUGAGGAGGAGUGGGCCCUUCUGGAUCCAGACCAAAAGGCCCUGCACAGACAAGUCAUGGAGGAGAACUUGGAGGUCAUGGCCUCUCUGGGUGAUGUGCACCACACUGAGGGUGAAGGAGAAUCAAGGAUGUCUUUGUUGCAAAGAGAUGGAUAUCAACAUAAGGGAGAGAAUAAAACCAAAACUGACAUUCAUGAGCAGAGGAUGAAGGAAGUCUCUACCUCCCAAGCUCAAGAUAUCUGUGGAAUUUCACUCCAAGAAAGGAUAGAAAAAGGAAAAGAAAGUUAUAAAUGUAAUCUUCUUGAAUUUGAAAAAAACAGUUGUAAAGGAGACCUUAAAAUACACAAGAGAACUCAUGCAGAAAGACUGUACACAAGAAAACAAAAAUGUGAGUUCUUGGGGUGUGGAAAGAGCUUCUGGUGUAGGUCACACUUUAUGUUACAUCGAAGAACCCACACAGGAGAGAGGCCAUUUAAGUGUUUGGAGUGUGGAAAGAAAUUCAAUUGGAAGAAAAGCUUCAUUCUUCAUCAAAGAAUACAUUCAGGGGAGAAACCAUUUAAGUGCUUGACAUGUGGAAAGAGAUUCUGUUGGAAGAAAAGCUUCAUUCAACAUCAAAGAAUCCACACAGGGGAGAGACCAUUUAAGUGCUUGAAAUGUGGAAAGAAAUUCAGGUGGAAGAGAAGUUUCAUUCGCCAUGAAAGAAUCCACACAGGUGAAAAACCAUUCAAAUGCUUGAAAUGUGAGAAGUCCUUCAAUCAGGGAACAGAUCUUACUAAACAUCAGAUAAUCCACACAGGAGAAAAACCAUUUAAAUGCUUGGAGUGUGGAAAAGGUUUCCGCUGGAAGACAAGCCUCACCGCUCAUGAAAGAUCCCACACAGGAGAAAAGCCAUAUAAAUGCUUAAAGUGUGAAAAGAGCUUCAGUUGGAAGGGGACAUUUAUUUAUCAUCAAGUGACUCACACAGGUGAGAAGCCAUUUAAAUGCUUUGAAUGUGGAAAGAGCUUUGGUCGGAAGAUAACCUUCAUUCAUCAUCAAAGAACCCAUACAGGAGAGAAACCAUAUAAAUGCUUGGAGUGUGACAAAUGCUUUAGUCAGAGGACACACCUCACACGACAUCAAGCCACUCACACAGGGGAGAAACCAUUUAAAUGUUUGGAGUGUGGAAAGAGUUUCAUUGAGAAGACAAACCUCACUCGUCAUCAAGUAAUUCACACAAGGGAGAAACCAUUUAAAUGCUUGGAGUGUGGAAAGAGUUUCAUUGAGAAGACAAACCUCACUCGUCAUCAAGUAAUUCACACAAGGGAGAAACCAUUUAAAUGCUUGGAGUGUGGAAAGAGCUUCAGUUGGAAGUCAGCACUUACCAGGCAUGAGAAAUCUCAUGGGGGUAAAUCUGUAUCAGUUCUUGGAUGGCUGAAGCCAGAAAGGCACACCAAGAGUCAGAUGCUGGACCUGGUGCUCCUGGAGCAGUUCCUGGCCGUCCUUCCCCCAGAGAUGGCCAGCUGGGUCAAGGAAUGUGGGGCAGAGACCAGUUCCCAGGCGGUGGCCCUGGCCGAAGGCUUCCUCCUGAGCCAGGCAGAGGAGCAGAGGCAGCAGCAAAAGCAGCAGGAAAUGUUUCUGGAAGCGGCCACUGACUUCCCUGAGACAGAGAAGGGUCCCUCAGAUUCUGGAUGCGGAGUAAAAUCAAGGUGGAUCAUGGAAGAAGAUCACAAAUAUGACAUUUCACAGGGAGACUGGACACAACUGUGGCCGAAGUGUACUACCUCAGCUCUUCAUUCUGAUACCCUGAGAAAGACUUCUGUGAAUCUGGAUCAGGUGACCUUGAAGGGAGUAGGUGUAUACUUCAAUGAGGAGGAGUGGGCCAUGCUGGAUCCAGAUCAAAAGUCCCUGCACAGGGAAGUCAUGGAGGAGAACUUGGAAAUCGUGGUCUCUCUGGUUCUGACUAGUUGUUUAUCUCCUUUCAAGGUGAUGUGCAAGAUACUGAAGAUGAAGGAGAAACAAGGAUAUCUUUUCUACAAAGAAAGGGUGUUAAAAAUCACAGGAGGACUCAUGCAGAAAGAGUGUACACAAGAAAACAAAAAUGUAAGUUCUUGGACUGUGAAAAGAGCUUCUGGUGGAAGUCACACUUUAUGUUACAUCAAACAACCCACAGAAAACAAAAGCCAUUUAAAUGCUUGGGAUGUGGAAAGAAAUUCAUCGGGGAAAAAAGCUUCAUUUUUCAUCAAAGAACCCAUUCAAGGGAGAAACCAUUCAAAUGCUUGGAGUGUGAAAAAAACCUUCAGUAAGGGGACAAAUCUUACUAAACACCAGAUUAUCCACACAGGGGAGAAACUAUUUAAGUGCUUGGAGUGUGGAAAGAAAUUCAUGUGGAAGAAAAGCUUCAUUCACCAUCAAAGAAUCCACACAGGAAAGAAACCAUUUAAAUGUUUGGUGUGUGGAAGGAAAUUCAGUUGGAAGAAAAGCUUCAUUCAUCAUCAUAGAAUACACAUAGGAGAGAAACCAUUUAAGUGUUUGGUAUGUGGAAGGAGAUUUUGUUGGAAGAGAAGCUUCAUUCAUCAUCAAAGAAUCCACACAGGGGUGAAACCAUUUAAGUGCUUGGAAUGUGGGAAGAAAUUCAUGUGGAAGAGAAUUUUAAUUCGCCAUCAAAGAAUCCACACAGGGAAGAAACCGUUCAAAUGCUUGAUAUGUGAAAAGACUUUCAAUCAAGGGACAGAUCUUACUAAACAUCAGAUAAUCCACACAGGGGAGAAACCAUUUAAGUGCUUGGAGUGUGGAAAAGGUUUCCGUUGGAAGACCAGCCUCACCGCUCAUGAAAGAUCCCACACAGGAGAACAACCAUAUAGAUGCUUACUGUGUGGAAAGAGCUUCAUGUGGAAUAUUAGCCUCAUGUUUCAUCAGGCCACUCACACAGGGGAGAAACCAUUUGAAUGCUCAGAAUGUGGAAAAUGCUUCAGCAGGAAGACACACCUCACUCGGCAUCAAACAACUCAUACAGGGAAAAAACCAUUUGAAUGCUUGGAAUGUGGAAAGAGCUUCACCUCAAAGACACAGCGCACACAACAUCAAGCAACGCACACAGGUGAAAAAUUAUUUAAAUGCCAUGUGUGUGAGAAAAGUUUCAUUUGUAAAGCAAACCUUAAUUGUCAUAAUGUAAUUCACACAGGGGAGAAACCAUUUAAAUGCUUGGAGUGUGGAAAGAGCUUCAGUUGGAAGAGAAGCUUCAUUUAUCAUCAAAGAACCCACACAGGAGAGAAACCAUAUAAAUGCUUGGAAUGUGAAAAGUGCUUUAGUCAGAAGACACACCUCACACGACAUCAAGCAACUCACACAGGGGAGAAACCAUUUAAAUGCUUGGAGUGUGGAAAGAGUUUCAUUCAGAAAACAAGCCUCACUCGCCAUCAAGUAACACAUCGGGGAAGAACCAUUUAAAUGCUUGGAAUAUGGAAAGAGCUUCCAUUGGAUAUCAACACUUAGCAAAUGAGAAUUCACACAAAGAGACAUCUGUGUCAAUACAGUGUGAGAAAAUAUUUUGCAAGAGGUAAAACCACCUGUCUCAAAAAAGAGUUCCUGGGGAGAAGCAAUUUAAAUGCUUAGAAGUGAAGUCCAUAAAUGGACUAACCAUAAAUGCUUAGAAUUUGCAAAGAGCUAUAGGAAUAGAUGGUACUUUAAUUUUACACCAAGAAAUUUGCAGAGAACUUGAUUUGUUUGAUGAAGAAAUGUUAUUUCAAAAUGAUAUGUUUUAACUUCAGUGGAACCGCUGAGAUUGCUAAACUGCCUGUCUGAAAACAAUAUGUCUCUCAAUGAAAGAUCAAAGAAAGGAUCCAUACAGUAUAUUUUUGCAGUUAAGACUGUGUGGCCAAAUUUACUCUACACAUGGAGAGUGAGGGUCUGAAGAGCCUCCUUUAUAGACACUGGCGAUAUACAGUGGACCCUUGUCAUACGCUGGGGUUUGGUUUCAAGAUCCCCUGUGUAUAACAAAGUCCAUGUAUUCUCAAGUCCCAUUCAAUAUAAUGACAUAGCAAAAUGGUGUCCCAUA